CGUGUGCCGUCGCCGUCGUUUGCACUAAUUAAACGCGUUUUAAACAAUAAGCUGCACAGCUUCAUUUCGCACAAGCGACAGCAACAACAAAAGCACACAUACACAAAUCAUGGCUGCUUCAAUGAGAGCGCUGCUGAAAGUACGAGAUGGCUUCACUGCCAGCGUACGUUGUGGCUCGCAGUACAACAAGACGCGUGGAAAUCUGAAACUGACUGGAGACUCCCGUGUUAUCUGCCAGGGCUUCACCGGCAAACAGGGAACGUUUCACAGCCAGCAGGCGCUGGAGUAUGGCACCAAGCUCGUUGGUGGCAUUUCGCCCAAAAAGGGCGGCACUCAGCAUUUGGGCCUGCCCGUCUUUGCCUCCGUUGCGGAAGCCAAAAAGGCAACGGAUCCCCAUGCCACGGUCAUCUAUGUGCCACCACCCGGCGCUGCCGCUGCCAUCAUGGAAGCCCUGGACGCUGAAAUUCCUCUGAUUGUGUGCAUCACGGAGGGUGUGCCACAGCACGACAUGGUCAAGGUGAAGCAUGCCCUGGUCAGCCAGGACAAGUCGCGCCUCGUCGGACCCAAUUGCCCCGGCAUCAUCGCACCCGAACAGUGCAAAAUUGGAAUUAUGCCCGGCCAUAUUCACAAGCGUGGCAAGAUUGGCGUCGUCUCCCGAUCGGGCACCCUCACCUAUGAGGCUGUGCACCAGACCACGGAGGUGGGUCUGGGCCAGACGCUGUGCGUCGGCAUUGGCGGAGAUCCGUUCAAUGGCACCGACUUCAUCGAUUGCCUCGAUGUGUUCCUCAAGGAUCCCGAAACGAAGGGCAUCAUCUUGAUUGGAGAGAUCGGUGGUGUGGCUGAGGAGAAGGCUGCUGACUACUUGACGGAGUUCAAUACGGGCAUCAAGGCCAAGCCGGUGGUCUCGUUCAUUGCUGGUGUUUCGGCUCCACCUGGACGUCGCAUGGGUCACGCCGGUGCCAUCAUCUCGGGCGGCAAGGGCGGUGCCAACGAUAAAAUUGCCGCUCUUGAAAAGGCCGGCGUCAUUGUUACCAGAAGUCCUGCCAAGAUGGGUUACGAGCUGUUCAAGGAGAUGAAGCGUCUGGAGCUAGUUUAGAUAAAUACAGAAGGAAAUCUAUCAACAACAAAUUGAACAAAACCACAUGUGACAAAGCCGAGGUACCACACGUACGACUCAGAUGAGUAAAAUAUGCAAAGCAGUAAAAAUUAUUAACUAAUUAAGCAAAAAGUGAGGAAAUGAACACA